UUCUAUUAUUCUGUGCAGAAAGUACACAUUACAAAGCUAAAUAGGUUGAAGAUGCCUUCCAUGGCAAACACAGGAAACGAAAAUUUCUCCAAAAACCAACAACUCAAUGGGAGGAUCGUUAAGAACGACACCAAGUCUGAAUCCUUCACAAGGAAGCAAAGAAUCUUGCAACAGAGGAAAUCUCUACCUAUUGCAGAAGUUGAGAAACAACUUGUCGAGGAAGUGAGGAAGAAUGACACGUUGAUCAUAGUUGGUGAAACUGGAAGCGGGAAAACUACUCAAUUACCACAGUUCUUGUUUAAUGGGGGAUACUGUCGUGAUGGAAAAAUUAUUGGGAUCACUCAACCUCGUCGUGUUGCUGCUGUCACUGUUGCAAAACGUGUAGCAGAGGAAUGUGGUGUGGAGUUGGGUCAGAAGGUCGGGUACUCAAUAAGGUUUGAGGAUGUGACUUCCAGCUCAACUAGGAUCAAAUACAUGACAGAUGGCCUGCUAUUGAGGGAAGCACUAUUGGAUUCAUUACUUUCUAAGUAUUCAGUUAUCAUUGUUGAUGAGGCUCAUGAGAGAACUGUCCAUACUGAUGUGUUACUAGGCUUGUUGAAAAAUGUACAAAAAGUGAGGUCACAUACCACAAGCCAACAUGCUAACCUUGAAAAGGUGAAAGUUAGCCAUGGUACAAGUCUGAAAAAAGAAAAUGAUGCUCAGAACCUCAGUUUUCUGAAGUCAUGCCAGGGUACAAAACUACCUCCACUGAAAUUAAUCAUAAUGUCUGCAAGUUUGGACGCAAAAGGUUUCUCUGAAUACUUCAGGGAUGCAAGAGCUGUUCAUGUUCAAGGGCGACCAUACCCUAUAGAUAUACUUUAUACCCAUUAUGCUGAGCCAGAUUACCUUGAUGCAACCUUGAUUACUAUUUUUCAGAUUCAUUUGGAGGAGGGCCCUGGCGAUAUACUUGUAUUCUUAACUGGACAAGAAGAGAUUGAAUCUGUAGAGAGACUUAUCCGAGAGAGAGUUCAACAAUUACCAGAAGACACUCAAAAGCUUUUGACUUGUCCUAUAUUUUCAUCUCUUCCCUCAGAGCAGCAAAUGCAAGUUUUCAGACCGGCACCCUCUGGGUUUCGUAAGGUCAUAUUGGCAACAAAUAUAGCUGAAACAUCAGUCACUAUUCCUAGAAUUAAAUAUGUUAUAGACCCUGGAUUCGUGAAAGCGCGUAGUUACAACCCACUUACAGGGAUAGAGUCAUUGAUUGUAAUUCCAACUUCGAAAGCUCAGGCUCUUCAGAGAAGUCAAAGUGAUGCAAUUCGUACCCUGACAAAGACUAGACAAUUUGGACUCCCAGGAUGGAUGGAUGGUUCGAGCAAUGAGAUUGGUGGCCGUGCAGGGCGUGAAGGACCUGGGAAGUGCUUCCGGCUUUACCCAGAGAGUGAAUUUAGUAAGCUUAGGGAUUCAACUGUGCCAGAGAUCAAGCGAUGCAACCUUUCAAAUGUCAUCUUACAGCUAAAAGCUUUGGGUGUUGAUGAUAUUAUAGGGUUUGAUUUCAUGGAAAAACCAUCAAGGAUGGCUAUUGUCAAAUCUCUGGAGCAGUUAUUCUUGCUUGGUGCUCUUACUGAUGAUUAUAAAUUGUCAAACCCGAUUGGGCAUCAAAUGUCCCGGUUGCCCUUGGACCCUAUUUAUUCCAGAGCUUUGAUCUUAGCAAGUGACUUCAAUUGCUUAGUAGAAAUGCUGAUAACUGUUGCUAUGCUUUCAGUGGAAUCCAUUUUUUAUGCCCCUCGUGAUAAGCUAGAAGAGGCAAGAGCUGCAUGGAAAAGGUUUUCAAGCUUAGAGGGGGACCAUCUCACCUUAGUGAAUGUAUAUCGUGCUUCUACUGAGAGUUUGGGAAAGAACAAAGUAGCAAACAAUAGAGAAAAAGCAACUGAGAAGGGAUUAAGAAAAUGGUGCCAGGAAAAUUUCAUUAAUUACCGUUCCUUGCUACAUGCUUUAGACAUUCACAGUCAAAUACGAGGUCAUGUUGGGCAAAUGAGUCUUCGCAUUGCUUCUUGUGGAGAUGACAUGCUUCAGUUCCGUAGAUGCCUUGCUGCUUCAUUUUUCCUCAAUGCAGCAUUGAAACAGCCUGAUGGAUCAUACAGGGCUUUGGCAAGUAGUCAGCUAGUGCAAAUCCAUCCUUCUUCAAUGUUAUUCCGGAUGAAGCCAGAGUGCAUAAUUUUCAAUGAACUGGUUCAAACAAAUCAUAAUUACAUCCGCAACAUAACAAGAAUUGACCCAUUAUGGUUACCUGAAUUGGCUCCUCAAUACUAUGCUACACAGAACUAGGACUGGUGGUUCAAAUUCUGACAG